UCUCCCGUUCUGUAGGAGAAGAGACAGGGAGGCUGAUGCGUUCGCCUUGCUGCCCCUUACGCAUUGGUUGAACGUAGACCUCUGGUGUUUUUUUAGUUUAUAUUUUUAGCAUCGGAGGUCGGACUCGUAUUGCAUCGCGCGUGGUAAAAAGUGCAGUUCAUCUGCAGUGCUGCUGAGCGCUGGAGAACCGCAGUGUGUUGCGCUGUGAACGCUCGAGCUCAGCAUAUUGAACGUGUCCGCUAAUACUGCGAAUGAUCUGAAGUAAACACACAGGUCUGUUUGCGGAGCGCUGGAUAUCUCAUCUAGGCUUUCAGUGGCCCUCUUGCUAAGACGCUUUUUUGGAAAUGGCCAGUCCUGGAAACGAUUCGGCUUCAAAUGCCCAGCUGGAUCAGGGUGAAUCUGCAGAUGCUACCCCUGAACCAGCGUUUCAAGAAGCUCAGAAAUGGAUCGAGGCAGUGACAGGAAGAAGUUUUGGUGAUAAGGAUUUCAGAGGUGGACUGGAGAAUGGCAUUCUGCUCUGCGAGUUACUGAGUUCGAUCAAACCAGGCCUUGUGAAAAAGAUCAACAGACUCCCAACACCCAUUGCAGGACUGGAUAAUCUGACCAUGUUUCUGAGAGGAUGUGAAGAGCUGGGAUUGAAGGGAUCACAGCUGUUCGAUCCCGGAGACCUGCAAGAUACAUCGAUACGUGCAAACUUAACGGGCUCUGACUGCAGUAGAAAGCUGAAGAAUGUGCUCAUAACCAUAUACUGGCUUGGUAAAGCUGCUAACAGCUGUGCAACAUAUAACGGCCCCACGCUCGACCUAAAAGAGUUUGAGGGGCUUCUUUCCAUGAUGCGAAAGGAGUGUGUAAAUGAAGAGUUGGACUCCCCUAAGCGCAGUAUAAGGGACAGCGGUUACAUCGACAGCUGGGAAUCAGAGCGCUCUGAUUCGCUGUCUCCUCCGAGGCACGCCCGGGAAGAUUCGUUUGACAGUCUCGACUCAUUUGGCUCACGAUCACAGAACACACCCUCUCCAGACACUGUUAUUCGCUGCAACAGUGAUGACUCUGAAGGCGACGGUGGUCAUAGGAAGUUGCCAGAUGUGCGUAAAGAUGACAUGUCUGCCCGCCGUGUGUCCUACAAAGAGCCUCGUGCGGCUCUACCCUUCAACCAGUAUCUGCCGAACAAGAGCAACCAGACCAACUACCUUCCUGCCCCCCUGAGGAAGAGGAGGAGCGAGAGAGAGGAAGACAAGAGGAGUCUAAGCAACUCAACGUCUCCUGUUGGAGAAAGACCUCUCAGAGAAGAAUGCGUAAAAGUAUUAAAAGAGGGGGCUGGCGUGUCUCGAAGUCUUGCAUUGAAGAAAAAUUUCACCUGGGCAGAUGAGAAAGGGGCCGAGCUCGAGGAGGCGGAGCUUAAGAAAAUAAGGAAGCUUGAAAAGGCAGGAAUUAAAGUAUUACCCGCCACUGUGCGAUAUAACAGUCCAAUCGAGAAUCCUGUGGAGGCCAAUAAAGCUAAACCGCCUUCACCUGACAUCAUUCUUCGUCGAGACAAUGAAUUCAUGCGGGCUGCUGCCACACAUCAGUGGGACUCGAAUGAGGAAGAUGAAGAUGAAGAGGCAGAGCAGAAGGUUCCAGAUGUCCAAAAGGAUGAUCUUGCUUCUCGCAGAGCGCGCAUGAAUCAAUUCAAACCAAGUGUGGCCCAUAACUUCCUGCCAGUCUCUUGUAGUUGGAAGGACCGAGAGAAAUGGGAGGGAAUCAGGCUGGCAUCCCAGCAUGCUGUGUUGGAGAGGAUGGAGAAGAUGGAACAGGAGAAAAAGAGUCAGGCUGACUCCACACCCCCUGAGAUACCAAUCAUAACUCGUAAGGACAAUCCUUUCCUGAAUCCUGAAAAAGAAAGGGCAAAAGAAGGGGAUGAUGAUGAUAAGAAAGAGGUAGAAGGGAAGAUAGUUGUCCCAAACCCACACAAAGAUGAUCUAGCAAGGAGGCGGACUGAGGGAAGGCCACGCCCUCCCAAAGAUCCUCAUCAGUCAUUGGUCCAGACUUCCAUCACUCAAUCAGAUCUGGAAACAUGGCAGAGACUCAAGAUGAAUACAGAGAGCAGUGAGUCUGACCCCACCCCUGCUGAAGUGUCAAUCAUAACUCGCAAGGACAACCCCUUCCUGACCCCUGAGAAAGAAAGUGGGAGUGAGCAGGAGAAUGAGGAAGGGACAGACAGAGAGAAAGUGGGGAGGGUGGUGGUGCCUAAUGUAAAGACAGAUGACCUGGCCAGAAGGCGGGCCCAAAGUGGGCCCAUCCCACAGAGAGACCCCCGGCAGUCAUUGGCUCAAACAACCAUCACUCAGUCAGACCUGGAGAAAUGGCAGAGGCUCAAGAUGAAUACAGACAGCAGCGAUGACCCUAUUGUCCCUCUGUGUCAGACGUGUCUUGAGAAAGGCUGCCUCUCUGUCUCCUCCAAGACGAAGGUUGCCAAGAACGACCUGGCCGGUUGCCAGGAACGUUCCUCCGGUGAACGGCGGCGUUUUGUGACAUUUGGGGGUGUAACAGAGAUGGAGAGUACUUCCUGGAAAGAGGAGGAGGAGGAGGAGGAGGAUGAGGAAAGGGGAGAGGGACAGGGAGACGAGGCAGAGAAGCUUCGGUAUCUUCUCUCAAUGGCAUCUGUUGCUGUGCCCACCAUAGGGCUGGGCUCCAGACUGACAAAGAGAGCGGUGGGCAGUGGAGAUGCAAACCCUGAGCCUGCUCCCAUCAUGCCCCCUGAACCUCCAAACCCUGCCAUGUUUGACCUUAAACAGCCUUUGACCUCCACCGAGCGCAGGGUGCUGGAGGAGGAACUGGAUAAGAAAGCUAAGGAUGAGAGGGAGGAUGAUGAAGAGGACGAAGAAGAGGAGAGGCAACCGGAUGUAGAAAAGGAUGACAUGCUAGCUCGUAGAACAGGAGCAUUUCAGAAGCCAGCAAGCGGGACGACAUAUAACAGAUUCCUCCCGCAGCCAUGUUCCAAGAGAGAAGGUGCGACAGUGGCUUCCAUAGCCCAGAAAGCAAGUAUCCAGAUGGGCAUGAGUGGAGACAGAGACUUCCAAUACCUGGAAAGAAACAUAAAGACAAAGAGAACUAAGAUUGGACAGAGAAAUGAACCAGUCGAUCAAGUACCAAAGACACCUGUUCCGCUUUCUGAAGUGACCCAAAAGAGCCCUGACAUUGUGCGCUCAUCUGCAAUUAACGUUGAUCGCUCUGGAGGAUUUGAUGAUGAUGAUGAUGAGUGUGGGGAUGAUGGUCAUCUGCCAGAUUUUGAGAAGGAUGACAUGCUAGCACGAAGAACUGGAUCUCAUCAAAAGCCAAGUGCAGGGACAGGACAGGCUUUUAAUGCAUUUCUGCCCAAACCUGGUUCUGUCAAACACAAAACCACCCCUGUCAGUGGAUCGCAGUCAUACUUCAAGACUAGAGAGCAAGAGACAGCCCCGGCUCUGGACAGCUUCACCCUUAGCUCUGUGGCCCCGCCCCCAAGAGAUGCUGAGGACAUGCCUAGGAAGUGCCAUCAGAUGAUGGACAGGCAGGAGGUGGGCUCUGUGGGUGUGGUGGGAAAAGUCUUAUUAAAAGAUGAGACUAUAACCAAAAGCCCCUCCCCCAUACCCGACCAACCCUCGCGCCGGUCCCUUUGGCAGGAAGAUGAUGAUCUCCCCCCAAUAUUCAGAGCUACUAGUGUUUCUGAUGAAACAGAGAGUGUGAGUUUGAUUGACAUGCGUGAUGAAGAGGAUGAGCUUGCCUACCUUCGGGCGCACAGCCAAUCACGGCAUGAGCACCUACACAACCAGUACAACAAACUCAAAGAGGAGGAGGACCAGUGGCAAGACGACUUGGCUCGCUGGAAGAGUCGGAGACGAAGUGCUUCUCAAGAUCUGAUCAAAAAGGAAGAGGAGAGGAAGAUGAUGGAGAAGCUAAUGACAACGGAUGGAGGAUCCGGCCAUCGCAGGAAGAGCAUCAAAACAUACAAAGAAAUAGUAGAAGAGAAAGAGCGUAGGGAGCAGGAGCUACAUGAACAAUACUGUAAGGCCUCCACUCCAGAAGAGAAAGCAGCUGUGCUUCAACGCUAUGCUCUCCGUUUCACCAUCAGCGAUGCCAUAUUGGAGAAACUCCAGCUCCCCAAACUGCCUUCUGCUGCUUCACCGAUGCACACGUCACCUCUCCAUCAGCCUGAGAAGAAGCCAACAUGCACCGCCUUAGUAGAAGCAAAGGUUCCAGAGCCUGCACAGACUACCCAAACACACCACAGUAUCCAUGAAGAACAGAAGACUGCAGAAACACAGGCACCGGCACAGCCCAAAACCCCUGAACCAUCACCUGCCAAGUCCAUCAAAGCUCCAGAAGUCCUGUCAGCACCCACACGAGUUCCUCCUGCUCCAUCAAAGCCUGUACCCCUCAUCACCCCAAAACCCUACAGCCAGCCUAAAUUCAGCCAAGGCCUCCGUAAAUCACUAAAGAGUGAUGGGCUGAUACGUGUGAAUGGUGAAAGCACUCAGCAGGAGAGCAGAGAGAGGGAUGAUAGAGAUUCUGUGCAUCGUCCUAUCAACUUCUCUCCCUCACCUCCAAAGCCAGCCACUCAAAGUCAACAAAAUGUGGAACUAAUUGUGUUAGAAGCCUCAGACCACCAGCAAAACUUGCAGAUUUCUGUUCCUGAACAGGAGAAAGAAGUUUUACAGAUGGGAAAGGAAUGUUCUCUUAUUUCUCAAGAAGAGGACAUCAAAGAAGACACCUCAACUGCACUAUUGGUGUCAGAACCAGCAGGAAAACAGCCAGUGCCAGACACAAUGACGAAGCUCAACUGUGUUGUCACAACAACCAUAGUGACAGAACUCACUCAGACACACCAAAUCCCACCAAAUGACAUGUCCUGCACAGAGGAGCUUGGUUCAGUCCAUAAUUCAUGUGAUCUGAGUUCAACUGCCGAGACCAUCACAGCUGACCAGACUUCAUACUCACUCUCACUGUCAGAUGGGAUUGACUACUCCAUUGAAUGUAUUGAAACCCCAAUGCUAAACCUUGCAAAAAGGGUUGAUCACUGGACGUGGGAUCCUAAUGAAGAGCGCAGACGGCAGGAGAGAUGGCAACAGGAGCAGGAACGCCUGCUUCAGGAGAAAUAUCAGAGAGAGCAGGAGAAGCUGAAGGAGGAGUGGGAGAGAGCGCAGAGAGAAGUGGAAGAGGAGGAGAGGAGACACCAUGAAGAGGAGCAACGGAUACUGGAGGAAACUGUGACCCCACUGACCCCUCGCACCUCAGUUUUAUCAUCCAGUAGCGUGACUGAGGCUCCAUCCCUCACCCCACCCUCAGCCCCUCGUGACACUAUUGUCCUCUCUUUGGCUGACUGGGACAAGAAACAGGAAAUGUUGGAGAAACAGUCACAGACGAAUCAAAGUAACAGCCUGACACACAGCCCUGAUCAAGUAGUCACACCAGCUCAGCAGAACGGUCAGAGGACUGAACCUCAGGAGAGCCAAACAGCCACACCACAACUGCAGUUUAUACAGGAUGGCUCUUGGAGCUGUAAGUCUAAAGGCAGGCAAGAGGAUUUGAAGAAAACUGCCUCACUUGAUCGUAAACAGAGUCCACCCCAGAGCCAGACCACAGGGAUGAGGAGGACUGGGUCGUGUGAAAAUGUUUUAGGGACACACCCAUCAAAAUCACCCACACCAUCACAAGACACGCCACCUCCAUCACCCAGCAGGUCAGUAAGUGGAAAGAAGCUUUGCUCCAGCUGUGCACAUCCUUUGGGUAAAGGAGCAGCUAUGAUCAUUGAAACCUUGGGGCUGUACUUCCACAUUCAGUGUUUUAAGUGCGGCGUGUGUAAAGGGUUACUUGGCGACACAAGUGCUGGAACUGACGUCAGAAUUCGAAAUGGACUUCUUAAUUGUCAAGAAUGCUACAUAAAAUCAAGGGCUGCUGGCCAGCCAACAACAUUGUGAUGCCUCUGCACUUCUGACAAGGAAAUGGAACCGAAAUCAGGUUAAACCAAGCCAGGACCAGACCCAAGAAGAUUGGAUUUUAUGUUUCUACAACAUUUCCAACUAUUUUACUUACAGCACAAUCAAGCAUAGACAUUAACGUCAAAACUGGAAUCAUGAACGCAUGAUGGGUUUUCCUCUGGACUUUGUUUGACUGAAUGUUUUUUGUGCUCGCUGAAAUAUGACAUGAUAAAAGAGUCCAUAAAAUAUAUUACAGCGAGUCUGUUCGUACAGUUAAUUUUACACUUUAGAAUGAGAAGUACUGGUUGCACUUUACCUCACAGUGGCCAUGUUACACACAUUUCAAUAGCAAUAAGGCCAGAAACAUACUGUACGCAAAUGCAGACGUACGGUCUUGUUUAAAUGCAUCAGCAACAAACCUCAGUAGUUAAUGGGGAGAUAGAGAUAAUAUCAAAUGCGUGUGCCAUUUUAACCCCAAAUACAACCCCAUUUCCAGAAAAGUUGGGAUAUUUUGUAAAAUGCAAUAAAAUGUGGGAUUUGUUGAUUCUCUUUAACCUUUAUUUAACUGACUGAAAAGUACAAAAAAGAUUUCCAAUGUUUUCACUGACCAGCCUAAUGUUCUGCCUAAAUUUUGAUUUUGAUGGCUGCUACACACUCCAAAAAUAAAUAUAAGAAAUAAGAUUAAUAAAUAUAAGAUCUAAAUUCUCUGCAAGAUUCUCUGCCAUGACAGAAGAAAACUGACUGUAGAAGCCAAGGGGUCAAGGCUUACACCAUUAUGAAAGCAAAAAACAUAUUUUCCCAUUGACAGCCAUUCAAAAGUAGCAAUGUAUUCUGACAAAACAAGCAACUUAUAAAUGGAAGAUCUUUCAUUUUGGUGGAUAUUUUCGCCAGUGACAUUUUUUUAGGGUGAAAUGAAUGUCACAGUAUGGUACAUACACUACUAAGGGUGUGUAGCUAGAAGCGCCCGCAUUCGCGUACUUAUUUAAGACUACAGUAACGACAUGGAAUUAAAAAACUUUCACAAGCAAACUUUUAGUAUUACUCAUAUACUUGUACUCUGUAACAUGGGCACUGUAAUGUAGAGUGUGACUGAAUCCAUUUCUAUUGUGAGGUAGCACAAACAUCCAGUUUUCAUCCAAGAAAAUUUUGCAUCUGUUAUUUUAUUAAUAAUAAAUAAUCUCAGUUUUUGUAAAGGUCUUGCAGGUCUCUCACAUUAUUAAUAAAUGUUGUACUAACAGACGAACGCAUGAUGUGCGACUCUUAGGCUUAGCUGAUUUGUCCUGAUGCCUUAACUGACAACAUGAAAUGAAUACUGAUAAGAUUGUCCAUUACCUUUAUUUAUGGUUUGAAAAAAACAUGUCUUCAUGAACUGGAGUGGAUUUGAUUUAAUGUUCUAUUCCUUCUUCCAUUUUGCAUUUCCUGUUUUAUCUUGUUUGAUAAGUGAGGGGUUUGAUACUUUAUUUGUGCGGUAUUGUUUAACAACCCAUUUAGACAGCAUGUUGCUAGCAGGUAGAUCUUACAUUUCCAUUCGAUUAUUUUUCAAACUUUGUUACUAAUAUUUAUGUUUUGCUCUGCAUUUGAAUGGUAAGAAAAUUGCAUGAUCCCAGAAACCUUCCUUGGUGACGCUUUACAUUACAAUGUCAAUGUUACACACACAUUACAUGCUACUAAAAUGAAGUAAUAACAUUAACAGUGUGCAAAGCAGCUCUACGUAAUCAAAAAUAUUUGAUGUAAUAACUUAAGCAAUGUAAUGUAAAGUGUAACCCUUUGUUAGCUUUUAAAAAUAUUCAAAGUCGUUUUUUUUUGUUUUUGUUUUUUUUAUGUGUUCUGUUGCCUUUCUCUCUUCUGCAAUGUUGUGCCUUAGAAAUGCGCUCCUAGAUAAUGUCUAGUGUCCUUGCAUCCAAAGCUUCAAGUUACCAAUGUGUAUUGGUGAGAGUAUUAUGCAUAUGCACUGAGCACUCUGCUUUGACCCUUGUACUUUAUUCAAACACUCUAUGAAUGUGCGAGCAAGAGAUUUAAAAAUGAAAAGCACACCCUUUGUAAGCUUUUCACUCAUUUCAUGUGCAUUUAGAGAUGUAAAAUUGUUAAAUAGCCAUAUUUAUAUUCAUCUAAAUCAAGGAUUUCAUAUUCAGUGGAAUUCCUAAUGUCAUUGAAAUUUCAAAUACAAGAAACGACAGAUUAUAUUCAGCAAAAAUAGCAUAUAAUUCCUGCUUUUAUAACUUCUGCUUAUGCUUUCUGUUUGAAAUUUGAUUAAAAGACAUCAUCAUUUAGAUCCGGGGGGUUUUGACUUUUGCUUCUAUAUCAUUUGUUUUAUUUUGUGACAUUGUAAGAAUAUGAACUGAAACAAAAGUAAGGCAAUAAUAAUUACUGGAGAGAUUAGCCAAGGAUGAGUGAGAUGUGUGUGACAGAUACAUUUCAUAUUCUGUAUUUAUUAUACCCUUUUAAAAAUGAGCGAUAUAAGACAACCUACAAGACGCUGAAAUGCAAUGGCUUUUAUAGCAAGUGUAUGUUUUUAAAUAAACUAUAAUAAACUAUUUUAAAUGCA